AUGGCGUCCGACGCGCUCACCACCAUGGGCACCUGCAUGUUCGACGACAAGGUCAUGGCAGAGAAGCUCCCUGCAGCCGUCGUGCAGCGCUUCAACGAGUGCCUAGUGAGCGGUGCGGCCACCCCGGAGGAUGACCAGAAGAUCAUCGCUGACACCAUAUUUGCCUGGGCCCGUGAGCGUGGCGCCAUUGAUUUUGCGCACUGGUUCUUCCCUCUGCGUGGCGGGGGUGGUGCCGUUGGUGGCAUGCUCGGUGCCUUCAAGAAAGACACGCUGAUGGACCUGGAGUUCGGCUCCAAGUUCGUCACGAAGCCCAUGAAGGCCUGCCUGCCAGCAGAGCGACUCUUCCAGGGUGAGACGGAUGGAUCCUCCUUCCCAAAUGGAGGUCUGCGAGUGACCCACUCAGCAGCAGCCUUCACCACCUGGGACAGGUCGUCGCCCCCCUUCGUGAUGGACGCCUGCCUCUACAUUCCCUGCGCCUUCGUGACGCACUUCGGAAAGUGCAUUGAUGAGAAGACGCCGCUCCUGCGGUCCAUGGACGCCGUGACCCUCCAUGGCCUGCGACUCCUGAAGAACAUUGGCAUCGGCACCGAUGCCAAGUCCAUGUUCAGCUACCUGGGAUGGGAGCAGGAGUUCUUUGUGCUUAGCGCUGCUCACUACAAGGCCCGACCGGAUCUGGUGAACACCGGCCGCACGCUCUUCGGCAAGCUGCCCACGCGUCAUCAGCAAGGAGACCUGAACUACUUCCAGGCCAUCCCAGGCAGUGUGCAGACGCUCCUGGACAACGUGCAGGCUGAGAUGCUGAAGAUCGGAUGCCCCAUGGCGGUGAAGCACAACGAGGUGGCCCCGGGUCAGCAUGAGAUGUCCCCCGUUUUCCGUGCCGCCAACGUGUCCUGCGACAGCAACGUGUGCUUCAUGGAGGUCAUGAACAGGGAGGCUGCUAAGCUGGGCCUGCAGGUGCUCUUCCACGAGAAGCCUUUCGCGGGGAUCAACGGCAGCGGCAAGCAUGCCAACUGGUCCAUCGGCACAGACACUGGCAUGAACUUCUUCUACCCCGGCAAGAACGAGGCUGGUGCCAAGCUUUACGUGACCGCCAUCGCCUGCCUGUCCUACGGCCUCGCGCAGUACAACGAGAUGGUGCGCUGCACCGUGGCCAGCGCCGGAAAUGAUCACCGCCUGGGUGCCCAGGAGGCUCCUCCGGCCAUCAUCUCGCUGUACCCCGGACAGGGUUUCGAAGCUUUUGUGGAGAGCAUUUGCUCUGGCGGCGACCUUCUUGGAUACAAGGCUGAGAAGAAGAAGCAGGAGACGGGCUGCAGCGCGGCCAUGCACAUCGAGGCCAACGUUGAGGAUCGCAACCGCACGGCCCCCUUCCCCUUCUGCGGAAACCGCUUCGAGUUCCGUGCUGUGGGCUCCUCGCAGAACUGCUGCUUGCCCAUCAUGGUCUGCAACGCCAUCAUGUCCGCAGGCAUGGCCCACCUGUCUGGCCUUAUCGAGGGUGGCAUGAGCCAUCGCGACGCCGUGGCCAAGGUCUACACCGAGAACAAACAUGUGAUCUUCACGGGCAACGGCUACUCCGCAGAAUGGCCGGUCGAGGCUGCCAAGCGCGGACUGCCCAACCUGAACACCACCCCCAAGGCGGUCGCCACCUGGAGCUCCGAGAAGAACACCAAGCUCCUUGAGACCCUGAAGAUCUACACCAAGGAGGAGACAGAAGCACGCCAGGAAGUGAUGUACGAGAACUACAUCUCCUGCAUCUGCUGCGAGGUUGAGACCAUGAUCCAGAUGGUGGAGACUGGCUUCCUCCCAGCCUGUGCCAAGGACCUUGAGAAGUUCAAGGGCUUCGACAAGCUGGCCGGCGGCCGCAAGGGCAUCUACGACAGCAUCGUGGACGAGUUGGAGAAGCUGAAGUCUCUGAUCGCGGCCAAACCGCACACGUCACUGCCUGAGGAGGCCACCUACUUGUGCGACACCGUGAAGCCUCAGAUGGUGGCCCUCAGGGCCAAGGUGGACAAGGCAGAGAGCGUGAUGGAGACUUCGCUCUACCCUUACCCCACCUACGAGGCCAUGAUCUACUCCCACCACUUCUGA